GGCAACGGAACUCCCUUUGAAACUCUUUAUAUACGUAAUUUUCCACAAACGAGCACAGACGACAGAUUCGCUCGUACCGCCUCCUCGCUGAUUGCCUAUAGCUGUCAGUUCCCCCAAUCGAGGUCAGACCAUCAUGGCCGAAGGCAAGUCGCAUGGUUGCGACAUCAUCCCUACGAAAGACACUCACCUCUUCCAUCUCCGGGUAAGGUUCUCGGAGCCAAAGGAUACCCACACCUUCGUUCCUAUAGUGAGCCCCGUCGCUGCUGCAUACGAUUGCGAGGUGAUUUAUAUGACCGCCGCCUCAGGCCAGAUGCAGAUGCGCUUCUCUCUCGCAGCGUGUUAUGACUUAAAUCUGGUGCUGGAUGGUGCUGCCCAGGUGAUUCCGCACAUGGUUUUUCUCGACAAAAGAGGUUCACCGGCGCCUUCGGUGGGGACAGCGAGACCCGUACAGUCUUCUUACUCUGAGACUAUGAUAAGAUGUUACAAUCUGGACGCGGAGAGGGACGAAGUCGAAGCCAACUGUGUGGUGGACGACCACUUCGUAGUGCUGUGCUCCAUUGAAGUCAUCCGGGACGGUGCAACUUCAGCUUCAUGGACGGAGAAGGAGAAGGAGCUCCCGGAUUUGGGUUAUGAUCUGGCCAUGAUGUCGCAUAAACAAGAACUCGCUGAUGUUGUCUUCGAUGUUGAUGGGGAGAGCUUCGAUGCACAUCGCCUCGUGCUCGCGGCCCGGUCACCAGUGUUCAGAGCAGAGCUGUACGGCCCGAUGACCGAAAGCAAAAUGCCGUCUAUCACCAUCCAAGAUAUGGGGGCCUCUACCUUCAGAUCUAUGCUCCAUUACCUGUACCAUGGCUCAUUGCCCAAAUCUGGCAAGGCUGAUGUUUCUUCCACCAUGACAGAAUACCAGCAUCUGCUUGUAGCUGCCGAUAGGUACGGGAUAGAGAGGCUAAAGAAGAUUUGUGAGGACGAGCUAUGUGUCAGCCGUGAUAGUAUCACGAUAGAUAAUGUGGUCUCAAUGUUGGAGCUGGCAGAGGUCCACAUCUGCCCCACACUAAAAGCUAGGUGCCUUGAUUUCCUUGUGGAUGGUGAAAAUUUCAAGAUGGUCGGCACAUCUUGUGAGUAUCUCCAUUUGAUGCAGGCACUUCCUUCUCUCUUGGUUGAAGUGCGGAAUAGGUUCAAGAUAGCACAUGAGAGAGUCAUGAAACCUGGUGCUCACAAGAAAAGCCGAAUUUGUUAGGCAUGACGAUGAAUUCCAAUCCUUUUAUCUGUCCUUCAUCAAUCAUCCUGUGCUCUGUUCUAUUGUUCCUGAUUACUCAAGCCUUUCAGUUGGUCAGUCUUUCUAGUAGUUGCAGGAAAAUGUGUAUUCCUGGCAUAGUUUAGAAUCCUCUUUGGAGUGCUAGAAGAAGCAUGGCAACAUUUGCACCGCAAGUGUACUUUGUUCUAUUGUUCCUGAUUAAUCUAGCCUUUUAGUUGGUCAGUCUUUCUAGUAAUCUUGUUUAUUUCAUUUGAGUACUGACAGCUAGUGGUAUGAUGCUGCUGUGACGUUAUUACCGUAUUAACUGGAGUAUGCUUCCUGUACAAA